AUGGCCCCGUCCCGGCUCUUACGCGGCCCCUGCCCCGGCUCUUACGCGGCCCUGCCGCCGGCUCUCUUGCGGCCCCGCCCCGGCUCUCACGUGGCCCCGCCGUCGGCCCUCUCCAGGCCCCGCCGCCGGCUCUCUUACGGCCCCGUCGCCGGCCCUGACGCGGCCCCUGCCCCGGCUCUCAAGCGGCCCCGCCGCCGGCUCUUUUGCGGCCCCGCCGCCGGCUCUGAAGCGGCCCCGCCCCGGCUCUCACGCGGCCCCGCCGCCGGCCCUCACGCGGCCCCUACCCGGCUCUCUUGCGGCCCCGCUGCCGGCUCUGAAGCGGCCCCGCCCCGGCUCUCACGCGGCCCCGCCGCCGGCCCUCACGCGUCCCCGCCCCGGCUCUCUCACGCGGCCCCGCCGCCACACCUGCAGCAGUCGGGCAGCAGAGCAGCCGAACCGCCCGGGAUCCGAGCCGCCCAACGCCCGAGCCGCCUAGUCGCCGAGCUGCCCGGGACCCGAGCCGCCCUGCACCCGAGCCGCCCUGCCGCCGAGCCGCCCGGGAGCCGAGCCGCCCUGCACCCGAGCCGCCCGGGAGCCGAGCCGCCCUGCGCCCGAGCCGCCCUUCCGCCGAGCCGCCCGGGAGCCGAGCCGCUGUGCACCCGAGCCGCCCGGUCGCCGAGCCGCCUUUCUACAGAGCUGCACGACCUGCCCUGCCUGGGUCGCGCCAUUGAUUUUGAGGUCUGGUUAGACGACCUGCAGCUGUUCUUACAGUGCGACAGGGCUGACGGCCUUUCUCUCUUUGACCUCACCUCUGGCGCCUCUCUUGCUCCUGCUGCUGAUGCUGAUCCCACUGUCCGCUCUCAGUGGGCCACCCGCGAUGCUGCUGCACGUCUUGCUGUGCGUCGCCACCUCCCUACCUCUGAGCGUGCGCACUUUAGUCAGUACAAGAGUGCUCAGACCUUGUACGACGCUGUAGUUGCGCGCUACUCCUCCCCUGCCACUGCUGCACUGAGCCUCGCGCGCCUCCCUGACUCCCUUCGCGUCGUCAGGGACCACUUUCUCGCAGUCUGUCCCACCACCCUCACCGUCGACCUCCUCGAGAAGGCCCUCCUCGCAGCGGAGAAGAGCAUAGUCGCUGUAGGUGCUUCUCGUGGUGACCCUCGCACCCCCAUCUUUGAGGGGUGCUCUCCUUCCCCCUUGCUGCCCUCUGUUGCCUCUGCUGCUACUGCCGACCUGCUUGGUCUUGAGUCGGUCGGCGCGGCGUCUGCCCCUAGUGGGAGACGUCGCUCCAGCAAGGGCAAGGGGGGCAAGGGCGCGGGUGGAGCUGGAGGGGGCGGUGGCGGUGGCGGCGGUGGCGGCGGAGGGAGUGGGGGUGGCGGCGGGACUAGUGGCGGGGGUGGUGGUGGUGGUGGUAGCAGCGGCGGAGACGGUGGUGGUGGUGCCAGCGGUGGUGGUGGAGGCAGCGGCGGAGGUGGAGGCGGCGGAGGUGGAGGCGGUGGAGGCGGCAGCGGAGGAGGCGGUGGUGGUGGAGGAGGUGGAGCUGGUCGGGGUGGUACCCAGCAGCGUAGCGGCGGUGGUGGUGGCCAGCGCUCGCAGCGGCAGCAGCAGCAGCGCUCGCGGGACAUCCCUCCGCCUCAGCAGCUUUGUGAGUGGUACGCUGGGCGUCAGAGGGGUGGGGGUACUGGUCCCUGCACCUACGUUCUUCGUUCCGGCGACCGCGCGGGUGAGCAGUGUGGGGGUGCCCACGCCACCCAGCGCUGCUUUGGCCGCCUGACGGACGCUUGGCGUCAGCAGUUCCCUGGGGCUAGUGAGAUCCCUCGCUGGGAUGAGCUUCUUAGGGCUGGUGUAGCGAUCUUUGAUCUUGAUUUUGAUGCUAUCCUUGCUGCUAUGUAUGCUAUGACUUAUAGUGAGGAGAAUGAGGGUUACCGGUGUUUCCAGCCCGACCCGGGCAUUGGUACUGCUGCGCUAGGUGCUUGUGAGGCUGCUGCUCUAGGUGCCAGUGCGUCUGCGCUCUCAGGUACUGGUGAGACUGCGCUCUCAGGUACUGCGUCGUCCUCGUCCUCCCUCACUUUCACACUUGACUCCGGGGCUUCUCGCUCCUUCUUUCGAGACCGCACUACCCUUACGCCGCUCGGCCGGCCGGUUGCAGUCUCCCUUGCUGACCCCUCUCGGGGUCCUGUCCUGUCUCACUUCUCCACUGUCCUCCCGUGUCCGGCUGCCCCUUCGGGCACCCUGUCUGGUCUGUACCUUCCCUCGUUCUCUACGAACUUGGUGAGUGGUGCAGCCCUGCAGGAUGCGGGGGUUCACCAGUUCACUCCUGCGAGUCAGCGGGUGACCCACUGCACGGACGCACGCACAGGCCGACACCUGGCCACCUUCUCGCGUCGGCCGGGGUCGAGUCUCUACACCCUGACCACUUCGUCUCCUCCUGUCCCUGCGUCCGGUCAGGUAGCUGCGUCAGGUCAGGUGCUUGCUGCUGCGUCCCGGUCAGGACCUUCCUGUAUCCCCUGUGUCGAGGGUCGCCUCCGGGCUAGUCCUCACCCCUCCCACUUCCCCCCGACAGAGGCUCCCCUGCACACGCUUCACAUGGAUGUGUGGGGCCCAGCCCCCGUCCGUGGGCAGGGUCACGAGCGCUACUUCCUGUUGGUGGUUGACGACUACUCGCGUUACACCACAGUCCUCCCCUUGCGCAGCAAGGGUGCGGUCACUGAGGUGCUGAUCGACUGGAUCCGCGAGGCUCGUCUCCAGCUCAGGAAGAGCUUCGGCUCGGACUUUCCUGUUCUGCGUCUGCACUCGGACAGAGGCGGAGAGUUCUCUUCUCGCCUUCUGCGAGCCUACUGUCGUGCACGGGGGAUCCGCCAGACCUUCACGCUUCCGGACUCACCACAACAAAAUGGGAUUGCUGAGCGCCGCAUUGGCAUGGUCAUGGAUGUCGCUCGUACGUCCAUGAUGCAUGCGGCUGCCCCCCAUUUUCUGUGGCCGUUUGCGGUGAGGUACGCGGCGCAUCAGCUCAACCUUCACCCCCGGGUCUCUCGGCCUGCGAUGUCCCCAGCCUUGCUGUGGACGGGGAAGGUUGGCAAUGCGUCUGUGUUCCGUGUCUGGGGAUCUCGGGCGUUUGUCCGCGACUUGUCUGCGGACAAGCUGUCCCCUCGUGCUGCUCCCUGUGUCUUCCUUGGCUUCCCCACUGACGCCCCAGGGUGGCAGUUUUACCACCCCUCCUCUCGUCGUGUUCUGUCCUCCCAGGACGUCACGUUCGACGAGUCAGUCCCCUUCUACCGUCUCUUCCCCUACCGCACUCCUUCCCUCCCCCCUCCCCCGGACUUCCUUGUGCCGGUUCCCCCCCCAGUAGACCCCCUCCCCCCUCAGGUUCCUGCCCCCUCAGGUGUGUCCCAGGUAGACGCCGUUGACCCGGUCGAGGUUACUGGUGACUCUGGUGCUGCUGCGGGUGCUGAGCUUGGGGGUGCUGACUCUGGGGGUGCUGUGCGCGGGGGUGCUGAGCCUGGGGGUGCUACUGCUGGGGGUGCUGGGCCUGAGGGUGCUACUGCGGAGGGUGCGGAGCCUGGGGGUGCUGAGCCGGGGGGUGCUGUGCCUGGCGGUGCUGGGUCUGGGGGUGCUGGGUCGGGAGCUGCUGAGCCUGGGGGUGCUGAGCUGGGAGCUGCUGAGCCUGGGGGUGCUGCGUCUGGAGCUGCUGAGCCUGGGGUUUCUCCUGCUGCUGCGUCUCGCCGGGAGCCCCUCUCUCCACAGGAGCUGCGCGAGUGGUUCGCUCGCCGCUGGAGGCGUGCUGCUGGGUCUGGAGGUGCUACUGGAGCUGGAGCUGGAGCUUCUUCGACCGUCGAGGGUGCGGGUGCUGCCGGUCCCGGAGCUGCUGGACCUGCGGGUCCUCCUGGAGCUGGAGCUGCUGAGGGUGUUCGUGCUGAGUCUACUGCUGUUGGUCCUGCCGCUGGAGGUGUGGGUGGCGCUGGUGCUGUCGGUGAGGGUGCUGGUGCUGUCCCUGCUGAGUCUGGAGCUGCCGCGCGGCCUCGACCGUACUUCGUUCCGCUCCUGCAGCAGGUUCUUGGUCUUUCUCCUCCAGUAGAGGGUCCACCGCCUGUCCAGUCGCAGUCCCUGCUGGAGCCUUCCCCUCCACUGCCUGCUCCCUCUCCUUACACUAGUCCUACUGGAGGUCUUGCUGAGCGUCGUGAGCCUGCGUCUCGUCCCGCGUCGCCUGUUCGUGCUGCUCGCGCUAGUGGUCGCAGUUCGCGUCAGCGUCCUCCUCCUGUCCCUGGCACGCACCGGAUGUCUUUACGUCCGUCCACUGCUCCUCUGCGUGCCCCUGCGUGUCCAUGA